GUAAAUUCCGUUACCUUCAGCCAGAAGGCGCAUCGCGUGCACGAACGACGGAUCCAAGCUCUCUUUCUCGGCCAGCAGCUCGGGCAGGUACUUGUCCUGGUCCAUUAUUCACCUCAGUCCCGAACACGGCAAAGUGCAGUGUGGGCUGUUUGUUUGUUUAUCUGCUGAAACGUGAUGAUGAAGCCUGUGCUGGUGGUGCAUGGCGGCGCGUGGGCCAUACCCGACAUGUUGGCUGAGGCAUCAGUGGAUGGGGUGAAAGCUGCUGCUCAGGCUGGAAGUGUUAUUCUGAAGAGUGGGGGGGCUGCGCUGGAUGCAGUUGAAGUGGCCGUGAGAGUGCUGGAGGAUAAUCCAGUUUUUAAUGCAGGUCAUGGUGCUGUGCUGAAUACCGAUGGAGAAGUGGAGCUGGACGCCAUCAUCAUGGAGGGAAAAACACUGGCCGCCGGCGCUGUUUCUUCAGUUCGAAACAUUGCUAACCCUGUUAGCCUUGCCCGUGCUGUAAUGGAAAAGACUGAUCACAUCAUGUUAACAGAUUCAGGGGCGAACCUGUUUGCAGAGAGCAUCGGCGUUCCUUCCGUUCCAGCACAUGUUUUGGUGACGGAGCAGGAGAGAAAAGCGUGGAAGCACUACAAGAAGUACACUGUUGGUGUCAAAGAGCUUUUUAAAAUGCAGUGUAUCCAUGACACAGUUGGAGCAGUGGCUCUGGAUGCAUUUGGGAAUGUUGCUUGUGCAACUUCAACAGGAGGAAUCAGGAACAAAAUGGUGGGAAGAGUUGGAGAUUCUCCUUGUAUUGGAUCAGGUGGAUAUGCAGACAAUAAGAGUGGCGCUGUGUCCUGCACUGGCAACGGCGAGGCUAUUCUGAAAGUCACCUUGGCCAGGCUAAUCCUCUUUCACAUGGAACAAGGAAAGUCAGCGUGUGAAGCAGCUGAUUGCUCUCUGCAGUAUAUGGCUGAGCGUCUUCAGGGGGGUGGAGGAGCUAUAGUCGUUUCUCCCACCGGGGACUGGAGUGCCAUGUUCAGCACAAAGCGCAUGGCCUGGGCCGCCUUCAAGAAUGAACGUCUUUACCACGGUUUAAACCCAAAAGAAAUGUUUGAGGAGACAUUAAAUUGAUAACACAUUUGUUGUGUUUUGUGUUCAACUCAGUUUUCAGUGAUCAUGCCAUACAAGAAUGAAUAAAUAAGCUAUAUCAUUAACAAUCUUAA